UUCUGCAAUGAAACUGCACUAAAAAAAUACGCUUAUAUCAAGAUCAUGUCCAGCUGCGUGGGAGAGGAAGCGAUAAUGCAGCUCGAAGGCGCGAUGAAGGAAGCGGAGAGCAAGUGCCAAGGAGAUGACAUGAUGGAUGACAUGCCCUCGCUGAGGUCCUACCUGAUGGAGCUGAGGGAAGCUGCAAGUCGGCCAGUAUACGUCCCGGUCCCCAUCUAUCAGCCAUACAUUUUCCACCAGCAGCCAGGCCUUCAACAAUCUAACCAGUACCCCCAGUAUACACAGUACUCCCAGUUUAACCAGGUUCCCCAGUCUUACGUCUUCGGUUAUAAUCAGUACCAGACCACCAACAGAGCCAAGCGAAACGCAGACUAUGGAAAAAUGGAAGAAAUGAUGACUUCAAUGCAGUCCAAGAUUAGCAACAUCACCUGUAUUCUAAAAGAACUGAAAUAUCUUGAUGAGAACAACAACAUCGACAUCAGUGAAACCACGAAGAGCAUCAUGAACUUCGAUGUGAGCGAUGAACUCAAGGAUGACCUCAUGGAUGGCGCCACCAUGUGCAGGGACUUCGCCAUGUGUCUGCCUGUCGAGAAAGCCAAGAGCCCGCUGAAGAGGGAGCUCGGUGUCCCUCUCGGAUUCUUCAAGUGCUUGUCAUGA